AUGCCUAACGAAAACAGUAUUAAUUAUUUGAUCUCUCCAAUAACAACUGGAACUACAAUGUCUCUUAUUAAUGAACAAGAUAUAGCAACUACAACCCCCAUUAUUCAUGAACAAGAAAUCCAAAUUGAAUCCAGUACAUCUUCUAAUGCACAUGUAAAAAGUAAAGUUUGGGAUUAUUUUACUAAGCCAUUUGGUUCACCCAAAAGUCGUAAAACAAAAUGUCAUGAAUGUGAAAAUGAAUUUUCAUAUCAUGGUUCAACUUCUUCAUUAAAAUACCAUUUAGUUCAUAGACAUAAAAUUGACAUCUCCACUAAUUUAAGCCAAGUGAAAAGACAAUCACAACAAAUGCCAAGUCAACAACCACCUUUCCUUUCUGAAAACGAAAAUAGUUUAUUACAAUCUGGUACAAAUUCUCUUGCAAAUAAGAAAAGUAAGGUUUGGGAGUAUUUUACCAUACCAUAUGGUUCAUCCAAUGAUAAAAAUUGUAAAACAAAAUGUCUUAAAUGUGAAAUGGAAUUUUCAUAUAAUGGUUCACCUUCAUUGAAAUAUCAUUUAAUUCACAAGCAUAAUAUUGAUAUUUCUACUAAUUCAGGUCACGCAAUGGAUCAAAUACACAAAAAUCAAAAUCAACCUUUGAAUUUACAAUCACAAAACUUAAAACAAAAAAAUGCAGAUAUAUUAAAAGCUGAAGAAGG